AGCGCCGGCGGCGUUUGCGACACUUGGCGGCUGAAGCACGGCGGCGGGGCCCGCGGGGCGGCGCGGCGGGAUGAAGCUGACCACGCAGGCCUAUUGCAAGAUGGUGCUGCACGGCGCCAAGUACCCGCACUGCGCCGUCAACGGGCUGCUAGUGGCCGAGCGGCCUGCGGGAGUCCCGCGGCGAGACCAGGCUGGGCCCCCCUCGCUCUUCGUUGACUGCAUCCCGCUUUUCCACGGCACCCUGGCCCUGGCGCCUAUGCUGGAGGUGGCCCUCACGCUGAUUGACUCUUGGUGCAAAGAGAAUAGCUACGUGAUAGCUGGAUAUUACCAGGCAAACGAACGCGUGAAAGAUGCCAGUCCAAACCAGGUUGCGGAAAAGGUGGCCUCCAGAAUUGCAGAAGGCUUUAACGACACAGCACUCAUAAUGGUUGAUAACACCAAGUUUACGAUGGAGUGCUUAGAACCUGCCAUUCAUGUGUAUGAGCUUCAUGAAAACAAGUGGAGGUGCAAGGACCCACAUAUUGAUUUUUGUGAAGAUUGGACCGAAACCCAGAGAAUCGCUGCAUCUCUGUUGGACAGCAAGUCCUACGAGACGCUUGUAGAUUUUGAUAAUCACCUGGAUGAUAUCCGGAAUGACUGGACAAACCCAGAGAUCAACAAAGCCGUCCUCCACCUAUGUUAGAGGGGUUUCUACUGACUAAUUUAUGGGCAUUCCCACUAUGUACUGAAGAGAGAAAAAUGUUAUUUUUGAAUGUAAAUAGAAGAAUAUUCAGUACCUUGUGUGGAAAGCCGACUGAUUAAAAAGGAGUGGCAUGCCACAAUGCAGAGUGAUGUGUCCCUAAGCUGUUGAAUCUUUUUUGUGAGAUUCCUCGGAAGAACUGCAAACGGUCAGUUACAGCUGUCCUCACGGACACCAUCCCUGUUGUAGUGAAUGUUGCUAUUCCUUCGAAACCAGAACUACUUCUGCUUGUCCCUACUGUUUUUAUGACAAUGUUUUAACUAAGCUUUUCUAAUCUUUGGAGAAAUUACUUUUUAACAAUUUAUGGAAAUACCUCUCAAAAAAAUCAGUCUUGUCCUCAGAUGAAAAAUUUUAAGGUCAAAUACACAAAAUGUAAAGUUAACAGUUUCUUUUGGCCUGGUUUGGAAAUGUCAUUCUGUCGGCACAGUAAAAUGUGAACUGCUGAGGACAAUGUACCGUGCUCAUGUGUCACCUGUUUUGCAGUGGUUUAGCAUGACACAGCUGCAGAGAACGUGUUAGAGCAGUAUUCCCAAAUGCUGCAGUGAUUGCUGCUCUCUGUGGGCAUACAGACACAGUUAUUGCUUGAAAAUGUUCAACCCAAGGUAAAAACAAUUAUUUGUAGAAUAAUUUCAAAAGGGACUGGAAGCACAUUAGUGAAUUUGAAUGACAGUUCUGAAACAGUUUGAGUCUACAGAAGAAGAAUGAAAUAACUUAUUAAUUUUAUGCAGUCUUUAGGGGUUUUAUAAACAGAUCUUGUUCUCAGCUGGUUCAUAUGAUGUGUGUUUAAGUAGGUCUAAAAUGUAUCCCUCCAAGUUGAAGACAAGUGAUCCAACUAUAUUGAAUCAAGGAAACUAGAUAUAGUCUAGUUCAGUUUUUUUCUGUCUUUCUAGUUAAUGUUUGCCUCUAAGAAUAAGUUUACUGGUCAAUCAAGCUUAAUAUCAGACUAGUACAGUUCUUUGUAAGUCUUGUUGCCUUACUCCUCAUGGUUGUUUGUCAAACUGUAGUUAAACAUAGCCUCAGCCUGCAGUGGUUUCUCUGGACUUCUUCCUCUUCAUACCCAGAAGUGUUUUUACAAGGAAGAUCCAAAUGUCUAGCAAAUGAUCGGCCUCUCUCCAAGUUCCUGCUUUUUCCUUAGCAUUGUUAUUUUAAACACAAGGGGUGGGACUGUCAAAACCUCUCAGUCUACCUCUACUUCUGCUUAAAUUGGCACAAAUUCCACUCUUGGUCUUAGCAAGAGAUGGGCUAAGGCUAAAAUCCUGUUUUGAAGCAGUGAAUAGAACCAGGAUUCCUCCAGUCAGGUCCUGCUGUGGAGUUUCCUGCAGUUCAUAUUCCACGAAGCCGCGAGGAAGGGUCUGAGGUUCAGCUCCCUGUCCAAAGAGAUGAAGGUUUGAAACAAAUGAUUCUGUUUGUCCCCCUGCUAUGUGGUAGCGAGGUGCAGCGGGUGUUACAGAAGGGAUUGGCACUGAGCUGAUAGCCUUUCCUAAGCAUGAAUCAGAUAGGCUUGCAGGAAAGGAAAAUGUUUUCAGUUGUUGAAGGAAAACAUUUAUCUAGCUCACAAGCAGUGAGAGAAACACAUUCCAGUGGCUGUUUUACUACACACCCGUGGCUGUAUGAAAAAAUAUCCUGGAAAAGGCAAUGCUCUGGCAACGUAUAUUCAGAACAGACUGCAAAUCACACACACUGCAGGAAAAGGACUGUUGUCUUACUUUGUACAAACACUUCAUGAAAUCUAAUAUAUUCUUCCAGAGGCAGAUGUUAUCUUAAGACGUGUUACUUUAGUUAUGAGACUGUCAGCCAGUGCUGCCAUGUAAGUUGGUGUGUCUCCUGAGCCACAGGAAACUUUUUCUUUGUAACUAGAUGUCAUAAUCAAGCUUUGAUCAUAUAUAUGCUAAUA